GGGGGGAGGGAGGUUAUGCCACUCAAUGAAUGGACUAGUUAGCUAGCAGGUUCUCCUAUUCUACAAUACCUUCAUCUGGAACAUGUCCGCACAGCAAGUUACAAUGACUUACCCAGUGAGCACCCAGCCUCAGAUGGUGCAGCUUAUCAGCACCACAUCGGCCACCAGCAGCUGGAAUUCUGAUGUCUUUGAUUGCUGUGAUGACUUCGGAGUCUGUCUUUGUGGAACGUUCUUCCCGGUAUGCUUGGCUUGUAGCGUGGCCUCAGACUACGGUGAAUGCUGCUGCUUGCCGGUGGUUGGUGGUGGCGUGCUUGCCAUGCGCACAGGAAUCAGGGAACGGCACCGCAUCCCGGGCACCAUCUGUAAUGACUGCGUGUGCCUCACCUUCUGCGGACCGUGUACGCUGUGUCAGAUGAAGCGUGAGCUGAAGGCCCGGAAAUGAGAGGCCCUGCAAGACAAGCUGGAGACGGGAUGAAUGUAUAUACAAAGUUCAGCUUUGCUUUUUUUUAUGUGAUGUAGUGCAUGAGGUUAUGAAGCAAAUUAGUGCUCCCCCCCCCCCCCCCCCCUACAUAGUAUUUGUUUCUUUUCGGCAGCCUCCCCCUGUUUUAACGGUAUGGCCCCUCGUGUUUUUCUGUCUCAUCCAACUUCUGCAUCCUUUUAGUAAAAAAUGAAUUGCAAUGAUGCACUGUAUCUGA